GCCGCCCAAGAUCAUCUAUAAAUAUCUAGCUGUGUGGUCGUGAGGUUUUCUCCAUUUUACCUUCUACGAUUAAGCAGAAUUAACCGCCAAAUUCCCAGACGCGAUGAGAUCUCUACAGAUCCUGGCUGGAGUAGCGGGCCUCGCAAGCAUGUUGAGCCCCAUCCAAGCUUCUACGGUCAUCGACGCGUCAACCGCCGCCAAAGCCGCCAUCGACGCCAUGAACAACGCCUUCUACAACCCCUCCGAAGGCCGCUGGUCUCCCGAUGUCGCCUGGUGGAUCUCCGGCACCGCCCUCCAGGCGGUUUUGGACUACAUGCACGUUACCGGCUCACGGGACUACCUCUCUCAGGCGCACGAGAUCAUCGAAAAGCAAAAGGCCCCCCUGCCCUGGUGGCCCCAAGGCGGCGGUAACUUCAGGGCGGACUCGACCGACGAUACGGGCUGGUGGGCGCUGGCCAUGCUCCGCAUGUUUGACCUUACGGGCGACAAGCGAUACCUGACGAUUGCGAUGCAGGACGAGCAGUACAUCUGGAACUACUGGACGGACACGGAGUGUGGCGGCGGCAUCUAUGUGGACAUCAAGGCGAUGACGUACAAGAAUGCCAUUGCCAACGCCUUGUAUAUCAAGCUGGCCGCGGCUUUGCAUCUUCGAACGGGUGAUGCUCGUUAUCUGACCAGGACGCUCAAGGCGCACCAGUGGUUCGUGGAAUCGGGCAUGAUCAACGCAGAGGAAUUGGUCAAUGACGGGUUGACGCAAGAUAAGGCUAAUGGAGUGUGCUUCAACAACGAGGGACCGACGUGGUCGUACCUCCAGGGAGUGGUUAUAGGCGGUUUAGUUGAACUCUUUCGCACAACACUCAACGAAACCUACAUCCGCUCCGCCGCAACCCUCGCCAACGCCGUCAUCUCCUCGCCCCGACUCACUCCCCCCUCCACAGGUGUUCUAACCGACUACGCCUGCGAGGGCACCGCCGCGGGCUGUAACUACGACCAGCAGAGCUUUAAGGGCAUAUUUGCUCGCAACCUCGGCGAGCUCGAUGUGUUGAUUGUGGGACGACCGUAUCGCACAUACCUGGAGCAGAACGCAAACUCGGCUUAUCAGAAGGCACGAAACGCAGAUGAUACGUAUGGUACAAGCUGGUCGGGACCGUUUGAUGGAAGCAGUUUGGCGAAACAGCAGUCGGCGGCGAGCUUGUGGGUUGCGCUACUUUAGGAACAGGAUGCGGGCUUGAUAUCUUUCGGCAGCUGUGCUUGUGGGGUUCAGAACUCAGCAUAGACCGGGAUGGUUUUGAACUCGGUCCUGAGAGACCUGGAAUGGUUUAUGGAUGGGUGUGAGCGGGCACAGGUUAUGAUCCGCCACUGCUACGGUUCCUGGACAUCGAACAUAUAUGAAGGCCAAAGGGGGAGAUUAAAGAUGGGAAAAAAGGCAGCAUAGAAUAGAAGUCAUUGCUAUGGGAC